AUGACCCUGGACCCGACCGAUCUGCCCAGGACGCUGCUCACAGCCGGUGGCGCCCUGUCCAGGGGGCUUGCUGCCGGCCCGCGUGCAGCUGUGGGCGCAGGCAUAGCCCCCUUCCCUGCACCGCCUCCGCUGCCCGUGAUGCAUCGUCCGGACUCCACACUCAUUGCCGCUCUCGCCACUGCUCGGGCUGCAGCUGCGGAGGGCAGGGCCCGCGUGCGUGAGGCCGCUCUCGCUUGGGAGCGCGAGCGUGACGCGGCCGACGCAUUGGCCCGCCAGAUCGCCGACGCCGAGCAGUUCCUCGGCCUUCCAGCCUCGCCUGACGUCGGGACCACGUCCUCGGGAUCGGCUCCGGUCGUCUGGCACGAUCCGGCCGACCCCCACGUGGUGCAGCUCCACUACCAGGCAGGGGGCGUCCAGAACAUACGCCUCCUCGUCCCGGUCGUCCUCAAGCCCGAGUCGCCCUCCUACGCUCGCUGGAGGGACUUGGUCCUCCUCACCCUACGGCGCUACGCCCUCGACGACCACGUCCUCCUCGACACCGCGGGGGCGGUCCCGACCCCCUCGUGGCUUCGCCUCGAUAGCGUCAUCCUCUCUGGAUUCUGGGGACGAUCUCCCUGGACCUCCACGACCUCCCCGGGCUCUGCGGCUCGACGCGAGCUUCUGCACCUUCGUCCGGGCGACCUCUCCAUCAGCGAGUACUGUCGCCAGAUGAAGGGCAUGGCGGACUCCCUCGACGACCUCGGCUGGCCCGUGGAGGACCGCAUCUUGGUCCUCAACGUUCUCCGCGGGCUCAGUGACCGCUACUCUUACCUCCGGACGUGGAUCACCAGGCAGCGGCCCUUCCCCACCUUCCUGCAGGUCAGUGACGACCUUAUCAUGGAGGAGCUCACUCAGGGCCUACAGCCUGGGUCCACCCCCACCCCGGGGUCCUCGUCCUCCUCGACUGCUCUCGCUGCUACUCUUCCGCCUUGUCCCGCCGCCCCACCACAGUCGUCACUUCUGGGUCCUCUUCCCCCCGGGCCGAGCGGGGGUGGGGGGGCUGUGGCGGCCGCCGUCGCCGUGGUGGGGGACGUGGAGCAGGCUUCCGGUGGCGAGCCUCGCCCGCCGGCGGCCAUGCUCGCGGGUGCUACCCCGGGUUUCCCCUCAGUGACCCCGUUGGCGGCCCCGUUCCCCGCGUCCUCGUGGGCCACUCCACCGGCGCCCUUGCCCCGGUGUGCCGGUUGGGACCAGGCGGCCUUGGCGCACUCCUUCAACACCAUGGCCCUGACACCUCCAGUCGUGCCGGAGUGGGUCGCCGACUCUGGGGCUACUUACCACACCACUCCUAACCCUGGCAUACUUUCUUCUGUUCACCCUCCUUCUCCAUCUCUCCCUUCGUCCAUUAUGGUCGCUAAUGGGUCUUGUCUUCCUGUUACCUCUGUGGGUGCCGCCGGCCCCCAUGGUUCCUUUCGUCUUCCUGAUGUUCUUGUUGCUCCUUCUAUGUCUUACUAUGAAGGAUUUGGCUUCCCGGCGUCCUCUGCUCCGCUGUGA